AUGACAUCACUUGGUGUUGUUAAUCAUAAACGUAGUUUUGUACCGAAUGAAUUGAAACUCAUUCGACAGGAUUUAUACACAUCAUGGUUUUACUUUUCCGGUCAAAAUACAAUUUUAUCUUACCAAGCAAAAGAAAAAAAACCACCGAUCAUAUUAUUAUCAAAAUUACAUGAUUUUGCUGAAGUUUUUGACGAUGAAAAGAAACUUCCAACAAUGAUUCACGAUUAUAAUCAAACAAAAUUUGGUGUCGAUGUGAUCGAUCAAUGUAUUAAUAAUUAUACUUGUCGUCGAAUAACUCGCAGGUGGCCAAUGAUAGUGUUUUUUAAUAUGAUUGAUAUAGCAGCAAUGAAUUCAUUGAAUAUUUGGCUUGAUUAA